AUGGAUCAUCAGGAGGAGAAGCCAGACGCGAAGAAGUCGGUGUCUGUCGACACCGUCGAGAAGGAAAAAACUGCGCCCGAGGCCGCUGACGAGAAGCAGCCGACGGUCGUGGAGCCCAAGGCCUCGGAAGAGGAUGAUACCGCCAACGACGCGGACUUGAGCACGCCUCCCGAUUCCAGCUCAGUUUCCAGUGUGAAUCCGGACAUGCUAGGCGACGAGAUCAUCGUUAGCGCCCGUGCUAAUGGUGACAAGUCGCCUGCUCGCCGCGUAGCGGCGUUGGAGCGAGAAGACGUUGAUAUGGCGGAUGCCGACGGGGUCAAGACCGUCGUGCCCCACUACCCCAAGCGCAAGCGCCCGUCUCUGUACAAUGACCUGAAUGAGAACAGGCUGGACAACGUACUAGCCAAGGAUGGCGAAGAUACUGAUACUACCUCGGUGAAGGGCAAGCAGCGGCCUAAGCCUGACGAUACUAAGCAUGUUAUCCUAGGUCGAUGGCGCGACUCCCCUGUCCCCCAGGAAGAGGGAAAGCACAUUGUUGUCGGCUUCAUCGACAUUCGCGAUCGCUUGCGCACCCGUCUUCAGAGCACUAACAUCAAUGGCGAAUCUAUCAACACGCGGUUAUUCCCCCUGCCUCCCGGUCCGGGCGGCAGCUGGGUCACGUUCGACCGCAUCGUCUUCCUGGACCAUCUUGUCGGGCUAGAUCACAACGAAAUUAAAGAAUACGUUAAAGUGAGAGGCGAAACCAUCCGUCAGCGAACCCAGGACGCCGACCUCGCCGCCAUCAGGGAAGCUAAGCACCGCCUCGAGAUGAACCCCCCUCCCGAGAACCCUCAGUCUCCCGUUGUUGCGUGGGGCCGAGAGAUUCCUAAAAAUGCGCUGGCUGGGCGCCCCGAGCCGAAGCGCCGUCGCUAUGGUAGCGGCGUCGGUACCAUCGCGGAGCGUGUCGAGCACGAACAUGGCGACCGCGUGGAACAGGACGAGCACGCGUUGCGUAUCGGUACGCUCCACCACCCUAUGGACGUUCCCCACGCCCCUCGGAAGCCGACUCGGAUUCUGGUCGGCUGCUGGAGCAAGUCCAGCCCGGAGGAGGACAAAGACAAGCAUGCGGUUUACGGCAUCCUUGGUGCCAAUGACAUGUUUCGCGUCAAGCUCGUGCGCGAGACGAUGGACGGACGCUACAUCGACGGAAAUUUCCCGAGCGGAGCCGGUGCUUUAUGGAUAUCGUACGACGAGGUUACCUUCCUCCCGCAUCUCGCAAACCUGACCCGGCCGGAGAUUAAGGAGUACAUUCGUGUCCGCCAAGUGCAGAUCGAUGCUGGUGAGACCCCGGCCGAGCGUGUCGCAAACGAGACCAAGGCGGUAUAUGAGGCCCAGACUCGCGCGGCCAGCAUCUCGGCGGGUAAUGCCAACAAGGCUGCGAAGGAGGCGAAUGCGGUCCUCCUGCCACCACCUGCGCAGGACCGUGAAGAGAUCCGCGAAGGCCGUGAGCUGAGGCAGCAUCGACGAGAAGUUAUAUCUCACGGCGAGCCUCGAGUGGAGCCCGUCCAUCCGUCCCGGCAUUCUCUCUCAGAAGUUGAACUUCGACAGUCGAGCCGGCAUACAAGUAGUGACCCCCUGGAGCGCGUCCAGGGAUAUGCCAACCGGGAGGUUGCCAGAAUCGAGGCAAUCCAGAUGCGUACCACCCACAACCAAGCCAGCCGGAAUGCCGCCAUGGCAAAUCCGGUGAAUGCGAUCAACGUGCAGGACGGCCGCCGGGAUUUCCAGGAGAAUAUGCAUAGGAUGCAGCAAGUUUGGCUGGCGCAAGAAAACAUGCGCAGGGGCGCCGGGAACGACGAUGUCAUGACGCACAUGGGCAUCAAAUAUGAACGGAAGCAGAAUGGACCGUUCAAGGAUCGGCUCGUAAGCCAGGGUACUAUCAUCAACAUCGAUGGCGAGGAUUAUGUCGAGUACCGCGUGCUCACGAAGCCGUCGUUCUUCUGA